UAAGCAACAAAACAGAACGGCCUGUUUCACUCCUUACAGUAACGCAGCCUUUAUUUUCUCUCUCUUUCUAUCUGUCUGUUUCACAAACUCCAGAAGUUGGAAUUUGAUUUAACCCCAUGUGUAAUUUCAUCUUAAUUCCAUCCAAUUCGAUUAAGAUUCCAAAUGGGUAGUUCCACUUUUGCUUCAUUUGAUUCAAUCAAAUCCUACUAUUCUGGAUUAUUGCAGUACCCUUUUUGUUAAUCAUUUCAAUCAUUUCUUCUGCUAUCUUGAAUUGGAAAGAAUCCCAGGUUUUUAUAUUUACCAAUUAUUGCAACUUUUCUGGGUUUUAUGGAUUUGGGUCUGUUGUAAAGGUUGAAUCAUUACAAUUAGUUUAGAUUUGCUUAAUUAGUUAAAAGAACUAUGAUUAGGGUAUGCUAUUUGUGGAAAAAAAUCCAAGUUUUGGUUGAUCUGGAUUUGUUUUUGGGGUUUGUGUUGUAUGCAAUUGAACAUCUGGUUAACAGUCAUUUAGCAAUUUCUGGGCAUUUGAUUUAGGAAGUUGAGGAGAAAAAGGUGUGAAAAGAUGAUGUAUGAUAUCAAUUUGAUUACAACCAUUAUAGGAUUUGGGAUGAGCUCUAUUUUUAUAGUGUUCAUAUGCACAAGGCUCAUGUGUAGGAGGUUUCAAUUGCCGGAAUCCAUGAGGAACGAUCACGAUCACGAAAUCGAUGUCGAGCAGCCAGAGCAGAGGACUGAUGGCCUUGCACCCUUUGUGGUUGCUGCAAUACCCACGAUGAGGUUUCACAAGGAUGCUUUUAGCUCCACCGAAGAUCCACAGUGUUCAAUUUGUUUGGGGGACUAUCAAGAAAAAGAAGUUUUAAGAAUUAUGCCAAAAUGUGGCCACAGUUUUCAUCUAUCCUGCAUUGAUCCGUGGCUGAUGAAGCAAUCUACUUGUCCGGUUUGUCGUUUGCCCUUGAAACAUUCUUAUGAUCCAAAGCGGCCGACAUCUGAUGACAAUGUUGAACUAUCAACUCAGGAUUUCAAUCAGUCGUUGGAACCUGGUUUGAGGUAUACAGAAGGCUAUGUCAGCAGUCAACAGCAUCACCAAUCAACGUCAAGCAACCAUGAAUCCCAUUUGCGCGGAGAAUCAGAGCCUAGACAUGGGUAGAAGGAAUUGCUUAUCUCUGGGUUUAACACGAUUGAUAUUCAGAAAUCAGAAUAGCAAGCAAUCUUACGCAUUGAUAUUCAGAUUGACCUUUUGAAAUUUAGUGUGAUUUUGUAUACAUGAUUGGAUUUUUUUGGCUUAUAACUUCAAAAGUGAAGAAUUAGUUGAUUAGACGACAAUUCAUGUAACAUAUGCAAUUGAUUGGUGAGAUAUUUGUAUACAAUGUUCUUUCUGAACCUGUAAUUAGAAUCUAUGGAUCUGAUAACCGAGAAUUCAAGAUCCUAAAGA